AUGACCGCGGGAGGCCUCGGGGCAAGUGAUUCUGACCUUGUGGUGUAUAGGGCUAUUGAACUCACAUUAUUGACGAGACAGUUGGAGAGAAUAUUGUUGGAUAAAAUAUGGGACUCGAGUCACUUGACGUCUACCGUGCAGGUAACAAUCCCAAGUGAUGCAGUCUUACCAGACUUCACAACAGCCGAGUAUGGAGACGCCAGGGCGCGUCUGAUAGAAAAAGGCAUUGUGGAUAACGUGCUAGCAGCAGAAGCUCUAGCAGCAAUCUGGACUCUGAACAACGACGCAGCGAAAGACGCUUGGGCAGAUCAAGAAGAAGCAGAGACCAGACGAGCCCACGAGGCCCGUCGUCUCGCUACCGAACAGGAACAAGAACGCCAACAAGCGCUCGAAGAUGAGCUAACCGCAGCACACAAAGAAGAGCACAAGAAAAACAAAUCCAAGUUCGUCCCAGUCGCUACAGCUAAGAUACCUACUACUCCCGUCAUUAUUCCUUCCAAUUAUGCAGUCCAAAAACUCAAAGCAGGCGACUAUUGCGAACUCUAUUACUUCACCAACAAAGGCCUAAAUGAAGCUAAGAAGAACCUCCUAUCGACAGAGUCGCGAGGUUUGAUCCUACUCCCAGGAGCAGAUGGCCAACAGACGUGGGUCAACGCAGACGAGACCCGCGACUUGAAAGCCGUCAUCACCAAAGACGAAAACUUCUCAUGGGAAGAGUUCAAUGAAGCCGCCCCUUGCAUGGUCAUCGCCAUGAAGCAACAAGAAUGGCCAGAAGACCGCAUCAACAUGCACAUCAGCUUUUGGACAGCCCUGCAGAAUCAUCACUGGUGCCAUGCCAUUGACACCCUGAAACAGCGUGCACUCUUACUCUACCAAAGUCAACAGCGCAGAAUGUGGCACCUCACAGCAGGUGACCCACACGGCUGGUCUAUAGCUGAACUCAGUCAUGAGCUCAUCCUCGAAGCGAGAGAGGAAAUCUUCAACUUGGACCGCGAUCAGGCUCUCAACGCACUUAAACAGACGCAACCCGCAUCGCACAGUUGA